AUGCUGGAGGGCCUGUGCCCGCUGAGGCGCUUCUUCCUGGCGCGUGUACUGAGGCCUCCGGAGCAGGUGGUGGUGCUGUUGUGUGGAGUCCCCAGCCUGGCGCCCUUCCUGGAGCAGGUGCCUCUGCAGGGGGACCCCUACCUACAGAUCUCCAGCGAGCAGGAAGCCCAUGAGUACACCGCCACUGUGGCCGACAUCGUACGCAAAGGUGCGCAGGCUACACCCAUGGAGCCUGUCUCCCGGAGGGCAUCUGGGCCAGAAGUCAGGCUGGAGAAGAAGCUCUCUGCUGGGGCGGUGGCCGCGGUCAAAGCCCGCCUACUGGUGGUUCCCUCCAGAGUGCCCUGUGAGGGUCCAGGAGAGGUGUACCUGCUGCUGCAGGAGCCGCUGUCCAGUAGCGAGGCAGAGGUGGAGUUCACCGCAGGAAAGCAUAGAGUCAGAGUCCCAUCCACCAGCUGGAGCGAGAACACACUCAGUGUCAAUGCACCAGACCUUCCUGCUGGGAGUGUGAGCGUCACUCUCUACUGUGGGGGCGUGGUUAAGGGGAAGGCCCACCUCCAGUACUUCAGCACCAUGGGAGAAGUGGCUCGCCUCCUCACCAACGCUGCUCACCCAGUGGACUUCAUGUGCCAGGUGUUCUAG